CUUAACAAAUUAAUUUUUUAGCAAUGAAGUAAAAAAUCUAAUAUAAUAAUUAUCGCUUUAUCAGUGUGCGUGUAUUCCAUAAAAUAUAGGUAAAUGUUGCAUUUUUCAUAAGACACAAUAAAGCGCUAUUGGGCGCUUUAAAGCAGUUUUGCUUUACCUGUGUGUGGUCACCUUAAGUUGUACAUUGCCGCAUAAUAUUACGCUUCUCUAAAUUUUGUGUGUUGAAAUCACGGCUCUACAAGGGGGCAAUACACCUUUACAAGGCCACUCAAUCCCUAGAAUUUAUCUUCCUAAAAUGCAGGACAAACGAUCAUGUAACGGUAAAUCAUAUUUGAGUCAUACAUUAAUUUUGAACUACCGAAACAUUUACUUAAGCAUAAAUAAUAUUUGCGGUUUAAAACGAAAAGCGAACGUAAUGUAUUUUAUAAUUUUCUUAUAUCAGCCACUUGCUAAAUAGUUCAAUAAAUGUCGGAUUGUUGAAACCAUGAAAACGUAUAUGUUUACUCUGAUAGCCUAUUGAAUUUUAUUCGAAGAUUUCUAUGUUAAUUGCACACGUUUUCACGAUUUAAAACGGUCGUUUUAAAAUCGUUGAUCUUUUCGUUCUAAUUGACUCAAAACUACUAUAUUCUACUCCUACGAUGGAUAGAUAUGAGCAGGAAAAUAGUCGAAGCUCAUUGUUGUGCUCUGCACACCGUCGAUGCGGCCAGUGUAGUCGCCAUCGGUUUCAUGACGAAAGCCGACAGUUAGAAUCAACCGGACGCCAUUUUAGCAGAGAAAACAUUUACAGAAACCAUGAGGUACGGUCAAGGAGAGUACAAUGGAUCGCCAGACAGCCCGAAUCAGUCAGCGGAGAUUCUUCUGUGUCGCAUUGCCACAGGCCAAAUUCGUCUUGGAGGCGGCGCGCGGUACCAGGAAGAACACUGCUUGUACACGGAUUGGGAAACGAAAUUAAUUGUGAUAUGGUGUUUAAUAUGUUCUGUCUUUAUGGCAAUGUGACGGCCGUGAAGAUACUAAGUCAUAGACAAGUUCUCGUCGAGCUAAACAACGUCGAGGCUGCCGAACGUUGCGUGUCCAACCUGCACUUGUUGCCGUUGAAUCAGAAGAACAAAUUAAAAGUCAAGUAUUCCAAACAUGCUUAUAUAAAUGACCAAAAAACGCUGAUCAAAUUGUCGGACGGAACGCCAACACAAAAAAAUUACAUUAUCAGCAAAUUUAACCGAUUUUCGAGCAAAAACAAAAUUAUCAAUGAACGUCGAAUUGCAGCUCCGUCAAAGAUUUUGCAUUUCUUCAACGUACCAGUGGACAUAAGCGGCUCGAAGAUUCGCACGGCAGUGAUAAAUGCCCUCGGAUGCAACGACGCGAUCCGAUCAAUAACAAUUCUACCCCAAAAGCAGCCCCGCGCUAAAUUUUCAACGGGCCUUUUGGAAAUGAAAAGUGUCGACUUGGCGGCUAAAGCUAUAAUGUUGUUGAAUCAUAUGAAAUUAGAAUCGUCAAGAUCCGAAUUCCCGUUCUGGUUUAAAUUAUGUUUUUCGAAAUGGUCGGAUAUGCGGCAGAAGUCCGCGGACUCGUCAGUCCUGAUUUUCAAAGCCACACCACGCAGAGCGUGGCUGUUUCAUAGAUCUGAACAUGACAUGCCCACGGUAGAAUUUAAGGUAUCACGGAUAAACCGAGUAACCAACGACGAUUACCCUUGGACGCUAUGGGAUAUGAGGGAACAUGCGACGGAGGCCAUCAACCCUGAAGCCAGAAUCUCCGUGGAUAUCGAGUAUGAUGGACCUAGUGGUCAGGGCGAUACGUUGCAAGACCCCCCGUUGUAUUAGACAGGACCGAUAGUUGAUGCGUAAACAUCCAAAAAAUAAUUUUUUUAAUUCAUCUCGAUCACGAUGCAUUUUUGAUAAAAUAAAGUAUAACUAUGCAUGAUAUAUUUACUUAUUUUACAUAAAAAUUACAUGGACGAGAUUUUUCUCGCCAUUGAAUAUACCGAACGAAUGACGUUUAUCCAACACAUGUAAAAAUAUCAGCAAUAGAUAUUAGGUAAUAUUCUAUGCGCAGAAGUGCUUUUUAUAAUAGGUGGCAUAUUGAACAAAUUGUCUAGUUAUGUAUGUGUGCAGGCCCGUGCGCAGGAUUUCAUAAUGAAGUGGGUUUUGAAAAAAAAAUGU